CAUAUACACGCUUUAUAUAAAUUAUAAUUCAUUUUGUCUGGUAACUCCUGUUCAUCUCAGCUCAUUUGUGGUUACUGUUAUUCGACAAACUUCGUCGAGUUCAGUUUUGAACGCUAUCCCGAACAAUUAGGAUUCAAUUACAAAUUCGCGUAGGUAAAAGUUUUCGGUCGACGAUUAUCGAUGCAUAUAGUAUAAAUUAUAAAUAUACUCAGAACUCAAAUAAUAAAAAACAAAGUACGGUUAAAUGAUGUGAAUUGAAUAUUUUUGAACCAAGAAGUGGCAAAAUAAUAAAUAAAUUGUUUGCAACUAUUUGUUGAGAUUAGUACUUAAAUCAAAGUUAUGAUAAUUACACGUGUUUGAUUUAUUUGUUCGAUAUUAAAUAUAACUGUAAAAUAGUGAACAAAUAAUUUACAGAAAUUUAAAUAAUUAGUAAUAACUGCAUAAGACAUAUUAAUUUAGUUUUAGAAAAUUGUGAAAAAUCAUUGCCAUUAAAUUCGCGUUUUCAAAAGCUUUAUUCCAUUAUCCUCGUGAAAUAUUUUCUCUCCCUCUCCCGUAGCGAAUGUGUUGUGUGUCCUUAUACAUAUUAGUCACUCUCUGACAUUGUAUGUAGUUUUGUGUUUGGCAGUUCGUUAAGUUGUCAUGCAAGCAUAAAUAAAAGCCCACAGUAAAGCAUCAAACUAUUCCACAGCUAAAAAUCUCUGCCCGAAAUCCAACUAAAUAGAAGAACAUCAAGAUUAUACCAAACAGAGAACGUUUUUCUAAUGGGUUAUAUUGGGUAUAUCCACACAAAUUGCAAGAACUGCGAAAUGCAAAAUUGUAAUGAAUUUAAAAAGGAAUAAAUCGACAAUAUUUGGCUUGGGUGAAAGUUAUACAUGCUUCUUUUCUAGUAUUAUCAAAGUCUGGAUUUGUUACAAACGUGAACAGUAAUCAAGUAACUAUUUUGCAGACAUGAGAAAUGAUAUUUUUCAAUUAAUAUCUGCACACCAACAAUCCUCUUUUGGCACACUGAAUACUUAUAAUAUCGAUCCAAUUCAAAUAUACAUAAUAGUGACUGUGUAUUUAACUGAAUAUGCAUCCCAAAAGGUAGGUCAAAGAAAUUAGCACAACGACCCCAAUGUGGAGCCCUAAAUUAUGAUGCACUUUUCAUUUAUACAAGUGUUUAUGAACAAAGCUUUCAUUCAUAAAAAUUCAAAAAAGUAAUUUUGGAAAGAGGCGGUGAGCUGUCGUCAACUAAUUGACAGAAUGCCAACUGUUAAAAGCGCAUGCUUGCAUUAUUUUAGAGAGCAUUUCUUGUGCUGCUGCUGUUGUUUAUAUCAACUUAACGAAACUAACCUUUCACAAACAACACCACAUUUACAUAUGCUUUUCGGUUUGAUUCGACAAUUAUAUAUGGUACAUACAUAUAUACUCACUGGUGCAAAAUUUGUUCCUUCUUUUUAAUAAAUGUAAUAUUAGCAUAUUGCACAGAAACAAGGCGGACAUUUCCCAAACCCGGAUUGCUUAUAAAAUAAUAAAAGUGUGUAUAGUAUAUAUGAAUGUAUAUAUCGGGGUGUUAUGAACAAGCAAUUAGACGUUUUGCUUCACAUAAUGAGUUAAAUGAAAGUACAUAAAAUAUUUCUAAAUGCUGACCAGCUGUUUAGCCAUUGCUUCAAGCACGAAUAACUCGAAGAUAGCUGCAGAUGAUGUGUUCGCCGGCAUUAAUGCUAAUCUAGAUGAUGAAAUUUUUCACACUGAAUUUGCAAAUUCUUUGGAGGCAAACACAAAUACAUUUCAAAGAGUAUCGAUGACGAAGCAACUAUCUACCAGUUCUCCUACAACAAAUGGUGAUCGAAACGCCAGUAACUUUGUUUUAGCCCCUUUGGCCCCACUAGCUAAUAAUGAUACAUCAGUACGGGGUAAAACCGAUUCGACUGGCACUGAGGCGGAUAUUUGUAAUACUGCAAAAGUGUUGCAAAAAAGCAACAGUAAUUAUUUAACUAUAUUGCCAAAGUCACAAGCUGCAAGCAGCUUGGCCUCAAUCAAUUCAGGAAAUGAUGAGGCUUCUUCAAAAAAGUCAGUGGAUGAUACUAAUGGUCGUUCAGCGGCGCUGGAACGUGCCUACGUUCAUGACGUUUAUGAGAAUUGUGAUGAACCAUCCGGCGCUAUUCGACCACGAAUAGCACAAUUUCUAAAUAAUUUAGAUCCUGGUGCCGUGGUGUGUGAUGUCGGCUGCGGUAAUGGUCGUUAUCUUGCUCAUGGAAAUCGUUCUAUUUGUACAGUUGGCGUAGAUCGUUGUUAUCGAUUGAGCAAAGUGGCACGUGAAAAAGGAGGAGAGGUUAUAAUGUGCGAUAAUUUGGAGCUACCAUUUAGAGAUAAUUCAUUUGAUGCUGUUCUUUCGUUGGCUGUUGUUCAUCAUUUUGCUACCACUGAGCGUCGAGUAAACGCUCUCCGAGAGCUGGCACGUGUUUUGCGUAUUGGUGGUCGUGUCAUUAUAACGGUAUGGGCACUUGAACAGAGACAUCGUCGUUUUGAGUCACAAGAUGUUCUCAUUCCAUGGCAGCCUCCCAAAAUUCGUAAUAUGAGCUGUUCGGAUGAAGAGGAUGAUGAAAGCUUCUUACCACCUUACCAUGCUUACACGGAGGACUCAACAAACUCAAGUCGCUCAGCUGGUGAUGGCGAUAGCUCAAGUUUAUCCUCAUCAUCGCCUGGUGAAUCCUGCUACAGUUUUGUUCGACGUGCUAUUCAAAAACUUGCUGCUGGUCGCAAGCAUCCUUGGUUUUUGGACUCGUGGGCAUCAAAAGAAACCAAAAAUGAUAGUAGUCUUGACUUCGAAGAUGUUAAAGACUUACCAAUCGAACUUCGACGACUUGAAGACUUCGAAGAUUUUUACGAUCCUCCACUUUCUGCAGGAUUGAAGUCUCGUAGCCUUGGUAGUAUUCUUAAUCCACCUCCUCGCCAAAUUGUGCGUUCGCGAUCCAGUGUACCUAGCUUGGGCGGUACUCUAUUUCAUUUGGAUAUGAAUUACAAAUCCGGAAUACCUGUAUCAACCUAUUCAAUGCAAAACAGUCAACAUUUUCAUACCAAGGAUUUAAGUGUAGCACCAGUUAUUGUCACCAAAACCAAUGUAUCUCCCACGAAAUCCAUGAAUGCAGUAAUUUUGAAAAAUAUAAAUAACAGCACUCCACUAGGUCGACGCCCAAAGCUGAUAAAACAAAAACAAUCUUUUUGUGAUGAAGAAUGUCAACUGCCAGAAAAUUCUUUUCAUAUAAAAAGUACAUAUAAUAAUCAUAGUGCCAGUAAUAGUUUGUAUUUACGUAAUCGCUGCUACUUCAACGGCAAUAAUAUUAACAUUAACUCACAAACUCUAGGAAAAAUGCCUCUUAUGGAUAAUUUGCACCAUCAAUCUCCCCUUACCGCCCGCCAAAUGAUGCAAGCAAGUAUCUUUUUACGGAAACAAAGUUCAUUGAAUGAGGAACUUAUGGCCGUAAACCGAUUGCGUGAAAAAGAGGGAGUUCGGAAACGCAUUCAAAAACAGACGUCGUUAAAUGAAGCAUUUCUCUGUCAAUCAACUACGCUUUCUAAAAAAUUUCAUAUCAUCAGAGAAAACUUCACCAAGAAAGUGAAAACGUCAACAGGUAGCUUUGAGCGGGUCACAAAAACUGGUUUAAACAAAUUAGUACAGAACUUUUCAUCUUAUAUAUCACCAGGCACGAUUAAUUCCGAUCUGACGGAAAAAGUAAUCAGCGAGAGUCAAGAAAACAGUGCCGAACAAUCACAGUCAAACGUUCCAAAAUGCAAUAAAUAUCACCAUCAUCAUCAUUAUCAGUAUACUCAACACCAGCAAUCAUUAAAUCUCCAAAAUUGCCAUGGUCAAUCACGUACCUUCAUAAACACCCACGAAACAGGUUCACAGGCAUCACAUUAUCAAAAACAAUUAUCGGUCGGUAGUGCAGUCAACAAAUACGCUGGUCCAGUCACAUAUUGCAACAAUGCUGAGUGUUCUAACUCGGGCUGUUAUUGCAGUACAUACCACUAUGUGGGUUGUAAUACCUUUUGCACUACUAACGAUGGUUUUGAAAAUAGGGAUGGGGAGUCACGUCGACACUCUAAAGAAUCCGGUUCAGAUUCUUCUAAGGACAGCAGCUUACAGUCGGAUACAAGUAUCGAGUCUGAAGAUAGUUUUGCUUCAGUUAUUUUCAUACCGAAGCCAGAACAGCAACAGCAGCAACUUAACUAUCAUCAAAGCUCAAAUUCAAGUUCAAGUAAUUCAUCGUCCAGUAACGGUGGAGGGGGAUGUCGCACUUACGGAAGUUGUUGCCAACACAAAAAUGACACGUGUAAAAUUCAAAACAAUGACAAUACUGCGAACUGUUUAACAUGUCUAAAGCAUCUGCAACAGCCGCACCAUCAAAGAUUGUCCUCCGUACCCACUUCACCUAUGAUUUUGGCAUGUCCCCCAACACCAGCUCACUCUCCUGCUACUAUACAAGCUGUAAUAACAUCGCCUCCAAGGACAGUUGCAACUGUGACGGCAGCUAUGGCAAUGCUUACUCCACCUUCAGACAAUAAAAAUGGCAGCUUAGAUGAAAAUUCAACAGCAUUCUCCAAAAUUAAUAUGAAAAAUAUUAAGGAUCGAUUCGAUUUUGAUGAGGAUCUUAUCAAACAACACGAAAAGGAUACAGCUCAACAUCAGCAGCAAGAUAUGGAAUGUAAAAUAACACGGCAUAUUGUAAAGAACUUACCUCCUAUACCUAAAUUUCGUAAACAAUCCUUACAACCAAUACGUCAAAGUUUUCCAAUCGUACGACGGUCAUCUGCAACAUCUGGUUCAUCUAUACCAAAUAUGCCAAAACUAAUGUCUUUAGAACUUUUCAAUCCGGCUACUGACGAUCUAGACAGCGAUUCGAGCGAGGCAUCCACUCCAAACUCAAUUGAUAGUGUUAUUAGUACUGGAAAAUCGAAUUCUACGACAACGACCAUAGAGCAAAGUGAAAAUAUGAAAUCGUCACCUACUUUUGAACAAGAUGGAAGCGAUGGUUUACUUUUUGAGCGUACUAUUAAGACAAAAAAACAACAAUAUCAUGAUGAACAACUGAAGACCAAUAACGAUAUUCCACACAACAUAUUUUUAAAUGAAGAAGACAGUUGUCCUAUACCACCGAACAAAGGCAACAUUAACCUAAGUACGAAUUCACUACAAAGGAAAGAACAAGAUUUUGUUGGGUUUGCUGAACAGCUCAAUAUACAGUUGAUGCGAAAAAUUGAGGACAAAAUCGAUGUUGAUGAAUGUGUAAGUUUAGAAAUCACGAGCGAAUGUGGGGAUCCUACAGAUGCACACAUUAAUGUAAAUAGGAAGCGCAGCAAUGAGUUGCGAGAUUUGUCAGCAAUUCGUGAGGAACUUCGAGAACGACGUUUAAUGCUCGCAAAUCUUUCUACGCAGCCAAGCUUACAACAAUCGCCAACUUCUUCUACAUCGUCUUUAUCUUCACAGACACGUAGUUUUACUAUUCAUGAGGAAAAUGAAGAAGAAAGUGAUGAACGAAGUUACUCUCUGCAACUCUAUGAAAACUGUAAAAUAUCCAAAAUUAAUUAUAAACGUAAUCGCCCAUAUAAUUUGAAUCCAGAAACCGCUUAUCUGUUGCAAGACGAAGGUGAUAUCUUUGAUGAAGAAGAAGAAAAUGAGCUUGGCCACUUGCCUAAACAUCAUCACACGAUUGGUCAAGAAACUCAGUAUCAACCCAAAGAUGAGGUCCAAAUAUAUCCUAAAGCCAUAGAAAGGGCGCCCAGGUGUGAUACUAUAGGAUUGGAAGUGGCAGCUGAGAAAGAAGGCUAUUUCGAAAUUAAAGUUCAACAUGAAAAUAAAGAAACUCAAAAAUCUCUCCAAAAUCGACAAUCAACAGAAUCAUGGGGCAAUUCUAAUAGCUCUGCCGGUUCGCUUGAGAGUCCUUCUCAAGGAGGAUCGACAACACAUCACCGUUAUUAUCAUGUUUUUCGCGAGGGAGAGCUUGAUGCAUUAAUCAACCACCAUGUAGCUAGUCUACAUAUAGUCUCCUCAUACUAUGAACGAUCUAGUUGGUGUGUAGUUGCUGAAAAAGUUCAGGUCUGGACUAUAUAAAUAACAUCUAAAACCUCAUAUAAAAUGAAAAUAGAAAAGUAUAGUACGUAAAUAACCCCGGGCCAACUAAUUACCUUUAAAAAUUGCGUCUCUUUACUCGUGCAUACAACUUCAUGUGUAUAUGUGCAAAAGGAAUUGCUAGUGUGUUCACACGAUCUAGUUCUAAUUCGGAAUAAAUUCUAAUGCUUAAUAGGUAUAUCUGGUAUAUGCAUACACAUAAACUCCUGAGCUUACAUCGAACGAAAUAGUCGCAACGAAUAUUUAUAUUUAAUAAGUAGAUAUUCCUAGCUCAUCGCUUAACAUAUUUCCAACAUAAAUAUGGAUGUACAUACUCGUAUUUAUGUAAAUACUGGUGCUUAAGUUUAUUUUGGUAUUAACGAAUUCAUAGAUAUUUUACGUUUAAUUCGAACGCAGCUUUUCAUUAAAGCAACGAUUAGUUAUUAAGCUAGUGAGCAAAUUCUUAACGAAUAUGAAAUUGUAAAUACAUGAAAGACGUAAAAGAUGUAACUUUUUAUGAAAGCCUCUAUUUAUAUUUGUACAUAAAUUUACCUGAUAUAAGAUUAUUUUUAAUUGCGAUAGGCGUGAUUAUUUUUCACAAUCAUUUGUAUUACGAGUUCAUACUUACUUCAUUGCAGUUUUUCAUCCAAUUCAUGGCGUUGUGUCUAGAAGUUUGUCCAUAUUAAAAAGAAAAAGUAACAGUGUUGCUAGCUUUGGAAUUUAAAACGCACGAUAAUUUACAAAAUACUUGGUUUUAUCAAAAGUAAAAAAAAAAAACAAAUUAUAAUGUAUUCAAAAUAAUUCAAACAAAAUUGUAUUGCUCAUAACAACUGGAAAAGCUUUAACUCUUACAGCUAUACAACUUAAAAAUAAUAUUUUUUUUUUUUGAUAUUUUAGUCUGUGAUUCUUCCCCGCAUAAUGUAUAAAUUGGCUCACCAUUUUUAACCCGUUUUCAUACAUAAAGUCACAAGUUAUAUUUCUAAUUUCGUUAAAAAAGGGUUUACCGUCGUUGACAAAAAAUUGUUGUACAAUCCUUUUUAUGGUGAUGCAGAGUAUACAAAUUUUGUUCAUCUAACGAUUGUUUGUAAGACCUACAACUAAUUGAGGCACAUUUAGCGUUGUAUUAUAUAAACCGAGUUAAGAUGCGGGUGACUAUCUGUGUGUGCGUCCGUCUGUUCGUGUAAGCGAUAACUUGAGGAAAAUUGAGAUAUCUUGAUGAAGCUUGUACACGUAUACCUUCGCACCCAAGAGAGUUGGCAUUCUAGACGGAUCACAUCUGAUCACUGCCACGCUCACAAAAUACAGGCAUGUAGAUAGGGGCAGCUAUGGUCUGAUGUUCCGACCAUAAUGGGUCCAAUGUAGAUAUCAGCCAAACUUGUUGAGGGCUGUCUUCUUUAGCUCAUUUUCAUACACUGUGAAAAUUGAUAAGUGAAAGGAGAUAAUCACGCCUACUCCUCAUACGUUUAUUUGGAAAACUACUAAAAGUGCGACAACUCACUAACUAAAUACGCUGGUCACAUCCAUGACACAAAAGGGCCUCAUAGCAUCCGGUGUCUAAUUGAAAAGGUAAAAAAGAUUUGUGUACAUAUGAUGCCAUCUCGCGUCAAAGAAUAAUAAUCAGACUAUAACUUUUCAAGUCAACCUAUUCUCGAUACAAAGUGAUCUAGUCCUCAUAUACAUAUAAUAAAGAUUUUAAAACUUUCGGUUAACAUUAAACCGUCAAUAUCGGAGAAUAUGUAAGUUAUCGAAUAUAUGUAUUGUUGUGUAUUUCAAAAACUUGUGAAAUUAUUCAACGAAUUGCCCCAACUCCCACAUAUUCGUUAUUCUGGCAUAUUUAUGUCGAAUAUAUCGGUUAGUGUUUGAGUUAAAUUCAUAAAAAUAAUAAAUAUUUUCCCGCUUUCUGAUCACGUAAACUGCAAGAGUAUAAAAUGUUCGGUUACACCCGAAUUUAUAAAUGCGACUAUUAGGAUGAAUGAUGUGGCGAUAAAAAAAAAAAAACAAAAUUGAAUAUUAACAAGUAAGAUUGUGGUUUUCCAAUUUGACAUCUGGUGUUCAAAACACUAAUUUGGCAACUUUUAUACCUAUGUCACUCAAUAUGUUUGGUGUGUUCUUUAGAGUGACAUACUUACGCGAUUAUAUUAUGUAUGCUGAUCUUAAGAAUAAUAUGUAAAUCUCGUAAUUUAGUUAUUACUCGAAAAUGUAAAUCCGAAUAUUGUUGCGUGCAGUGAUAUUUAUUUCGAACCAAUAAACGUAUAUCUUAAAAUUCUUUAGAAGUUUAAUAACUAGUCUUUUAGUAUUUAAAUAUUAAGAUAAACGAAUGAUCACAAAUAAAAUUGAUUUAAUAGAGAAGAGUGUAAAAAAUUUAGAAAUAGUACAAUAAUACAUAAAUUAUAAUAUUACAUUUUGAUUAAAACCAUGUACUCAAAAACUGAAUAUAUAUUAUCUAAAACUUUUCCGAAUAAAUUCCUUCUUAAAUGAA